UUGCCUUUCCAGGGGAAGAAGUUCUUUAACUUUGGGAAGAUUCUCUUCAGCAACACCACCAUCUUCCUGAGAUUUGAAGGUGAUGAGAAGUCUUGCGAUCCUUCCCAAGGUUACAAUGUUACGUGGUACUUAAGAUAUUCUGAUUGCUACAAUGAAGUCUUCAACUUUGGGGAAGAACAGGCAGAAAGUUAUUUUGGGACUACGUCUGAAGAGCAUCCGGGUUGGUCAGGAUACUAUGCCACAUCUUCUCUCCUCUUUUCAAAUUGCUCCGAGCUGUUCAAGCCCCAGAUUUUCUAUAAAGAAUUUGUUCAUCCGGAGCCUCUCUCACCUGAGAAACAAGAGGGCGUGAAAGAUAAGACAGAGAGUGGGGGAAAUCGCACGAUGGUGGCAGAUAAAACUACAAUGAAUGCUGUUAUUAAAACUUGGAGAGAUGGGCCAUAUAUAUUUAUUGUGCAAAUUGGAGUUACAGCUCCAAAAGAUUCUGCUAACAAACUUAAAAGAGCGGAGAGAACCACACCUGCCUCAAAUCCUAAAGAAAAGCUCUUUACAAUGACAGUAGAACUCAAGGGACCAUAUGAGUAUCUAUCACUUGCAGACUAUCCUCUGAUGAUUUUUUUCAUGGUGAUGUGUAUUGUGUACGUAUUCUUCGGAGUUCUGUGGCUUGCAUGGUCAGCCUGUUACUGGAGGGAUCUCCUGAGGAUCCAGUUCUGGAUUGGUGCUGUUAUCUUCCUGGGGAUGCUUGAGAAAGCAGUUUUCUAUGCAGAGUUCCAGAACAUCCGCUAUACAGGGGAAUCUGUUCAAGGAGCACUAAUACUGGCAGAACUGCUUUCCGCUGUGAAACGUUCACUGGCUCGAACUCUGGUCAUCAUAGUCAGCCUGGGAUAUGGAAUAGUCAAGCCUCGUCUUGGAGUUACUCUUCACAAAGUAGUUAUGGCUGGAGCCCUUUAUCUAUUAUUUUCUGGCAUGGAAGGUGUUCUUAGAGUCACAGGGUUUUUCUAUGACACUCUGGCUCUGAUAGCAAACUUGGCCCUGUCCAUGAUUGAUGCCUGUAUUAUUUUGUGGAUAUUCAUCAGCUUGACUCAAACAAUGAAACUACUAAAACUUCGAAGGAAUGUUGUGAAACUCUCUUUGUAUCGGCACUUCACCAACACACUCAUCUUGGCAGUAGCAGGUAAGCAGAAAAUUACAUAAAUCAAAUAAGAGUGU